UCGUCAUAAAAAUAGAGAUGAUUCCUUUACCGUAUUCAGACAAACAAUGGACGAUGCUGAAGUUGCAAUAGAUGAAUUUCAUGAUAAUGAUUCUAAAAUAUGUAUCAAAAAAUUUGAAACACUAUUACGAAAGAUUAAGUGUGACAAAUUAAAAAAACCACUUAAACAACUUCUCAAUUCAUUUAAAGGGAAAGGAAAAUGUUCGUCAGAUUCAAGCAACAAUAAUCUCUCUUUUAAAUUUCCUGAUGUCAUAAAUCCUGCGGAAGAGGUUUGGAUGGACAAAGACAGUUCUUUGGAAGUACAAUCAAUCAUUCUUCAAAGUUAUGAUGAAAACAUGUUCAAAGAAGUUGUUAUGUUAUAUUGUAAAGUUAAAGAGAAGGAAGGUGAAUUACAAAAUAUUUUAAAAAAUAAAAAAGUAUAUGCCAUAGGUCCUCACGUUGUUAAUGACGAAAAGCUUUAUUUAACUUAUUGGUCAAGUGAAGAAUUAGAUAAAUCUAUAAUGAAAAAAAUCUCAAGAACCUUCAAGAAAAACUAUGAUAUAGCAUAUUAUUUUGUGGGUGAUGUGACGUCAGACGAAACUACGAUUGUUGAUGCAGAUGUACCUAAACUCUAUACUAAUAAUGUUAGAAAAAAUCUAUCAGUAUCUCAUAACAUAAUGAGUCAAGGUGUUUACAUGAAUAAAAAGAGUCAAGACGUUAACAUGAAUAUUAGCAUAAGUGUAGAAGUUAAAAUCGAUGAAAAAGGUGCAAAGUUUGUGGAUAUUUGGAUUAAAAAAAAAAAUGUCGACACAAGAUGUAUAAAUAGUGAUCAUUAUCAUUGUAUUUCAUUUGAAAUCCAUAUUGUCCCCAUUCAUCCUCAUCUUAAACAUGUUGUUACACGGCUAAAAGAAUUUUCACCUGUCCGAAGACAUAUAAUGACUAGUUCUGUGAAUACAGAAAAAAAUGUUGGAAUAAAACUCUCUACACAGCCUUCCGUCGAGGCUGGAUUUAAAAAAACUACUAGCACAACAUGCAGCUCAUGGGACUUACAGACAAACUCUCUUCCCGGUCAUCUUGAAUGGAAAUAUAUUUUUAAUGAUGGCGCUGUACAAAUUCAUAGACAUUGUGUUGAUAAACUUCCAGAAUUAGAUGAACCAUUCCACG